UGCGUGGUUCGAUGACCUCAGCUCGUCGGCCCAAGAUAAACAACACUGGUAUCGAGGCUCACGACUGUCGAAGAGCUUGUGUUCACGGACUUUCAAAAUGGCAAAGAAACCUUUGGACUUCGGAUCUUUUUGAUUCAUUUGACACAUCUGUUGCCACACUCCAUCCCUAGAUCUGGGUUAGCUCUCCUUAACCAUGUCUUCACGCGUGUUGCUCCGGCAGCAGCUGAUGCGAGAACAGGCCCAGGAGCAGGAGAGACGAGAGGCCCAGCAGCAGGUCUCCGUCUCCCAGCUCCGGGCCUCUGACUCCACUCCAGCCAUCUCCGUCACUCUGCCCCCAAAUGCUCCCCGCCCGCCUCCGGCACAGGUGCCCGUGGAGUUGCUGAAAGUGCAGACCCACUUGGAGAACCCCACCAAGUACCAUAUCCAGCAGGCUGUGAGGCAGCAGGUGAAGCAGUACCUCUCCACCACUCUGGGCAACAACGCGAUCACUCAGACCCUGGGGGUGUCCCCUGUGCAGCAGUCCAGCUCGGCCCCUGAAGCCGCUCAUACAGCCAGCAGUGCCCCCAACAGCCCUAUGGCUCUGCUCAACAUCGGCUCCAACAAGGAGGAAAUUGACGAUGUGAUCGACGACAUCAUUAGUCUUGAAUCCAGUUUUAAUGACGACAUCAUUUCGCUGAUUGACUUAGGACUUCAGCUACCUAGCACGCUCCCAGGGAAUCUUCUGGAUGUUUACCACAGUCCUGGAAUGGCAGCAACUCUCACUGCCAGCAACUCCUGCCCCGCUGACCUUCCACAAAUUAAAAGGGAAAUUACUGAAUCAGACGUCAAAGCGGUAAUGAAAGAAAGGCAGAAAAAAGACAACCACAACCUCAUCGAGAGGAGGCGGAGAUUCAACAUCAACGACCGUAUAAAGGAGCUGGGCACGCUGAUACCCAAGUCAAGUGACUCAUAUCACAAUGAUGUCAGCGAAAUGCGCUGGAAUAAAGGCACCAUCCUGAAAGCCUCCGUCGACUACAUCAGGAAGUUGCAGAAGGAGCAGCAGAGAGCCAAGGAUAUCGAUAUGCGUCAGAAAAAGCUUGAGCUUGCAAACCACAGUCUAAUGUUACGCAUCCAGGAGCUGGAGAUGCAGGCGCGGCUGAGCGGCCUGGGCGGGCUGAGCCCCGACCCCCCCCUGCUCCAGCAGCAGCAGCAGCAGCAGCAGCAGCAGCUCCCUCAGAGCGGCCAGCUUCCCAGCGCCGGAGGACUCUCCUCCCAGAGCCUCCUGGGCCUCGUCGGACAGCCCCUCCCAGCCUCCUUCCUGUCCCCCCCAUCCUCAGACUCUCCCGCGGGGGUCACCCUCAGCAGCCCCCUGGACCUGGGCAGCCUGAGCUUCGCCGAGCUGGACGACGCCUCGGCCUCGGAGUUCUACCCCGACGUGAGCUUGGGAGACAUUCUCAUGGACGACGGGUGCACCCUGGAUCGGGGGGGGGAGUCUUUCUUCUCCCCUCUGUCACCCUGUGCCUCGAAAACAAGCAGUCGCAGGAGCAGCCUGGAGAUGGACGAGGACUUAUGAUGAGCUCUUUGAUUGGCAGAGACUGUCUGCAGGGACGAGAAGGCUGGGACGUCCAUCCCAAAAUAACACAAGUCUGUUUAUAGGACUGAAACAAUAACAUCAAAACUAACAAACAUUGGACAAAGUACGUUAUUCCUAAUUUCGCCAUACAGACCUUAUUAUUAUGAUUAUUGUUCCUGUUUGGAGCUGUUCAGAUGAUUAUGUCUGGGUUUUUAAAUGCAAUCUUAUUAAGAAAUGUAAUAUUGUAUAAUAGGGGCAUGGAUUAAGCGAUAACACAUUCUAUAAAUAGAUUUUACUUCAGAGAUUUAAGAGGGAUUUUAAAGUUUGCUUGAAUUUAUUAUAUGCUCAUACUUAGGGAAGAAAGCUGUGAGGUUUAUUUUUUAACAAACAAAUUAUAUUUCGUUUUUUUUUUUUUUUUUAAAUGACUGGAAUCAGGGUUUGUUUAUAGCAGCUGCUCCAUGUUGGUUUGUCUCACCAGCAGCUACAGAAGGGAUCUAUGUAAAGUGAAUUGGCACAUCGGGAAAUAUUUACCGCAUAUUGUAUAUAAGAAUAUUUUAUUUUGAGCAGUUUUAUUGCACCUUAUUUGAAGGCAGUCUAUGCAUUUUAUGAGAGCUUUUGUCUGUUUUUAUUACUAUCACACACAGUGGACGGAUAAGGCCCAGGGAUGCAUGUAUUUGUAAUAACAUUUAAAAGCAAUGGAAAAUCACUCUCUGCUGCAGCUAGCUAGCCAAAGCAGGACUUCUUCCAGAGUAGCUAUUACAAAUCAGCGGUUUUUUAUUUUUGAAUAUAUUCACGCAGUCAAUGGAAAUGCAAGACAGAAUGAGAACAAUUUCAUCUUUUACAACAGUACUGUAGUUCAUUACACUUUUAUACCUUAAUAUAAGUCGCCUGUUCUGACUAAUAUCUGUGUUGUCAGUCGUUGUUUGUCACUGGGUGAUUUGACUGGUUCUACAAAGAUGAUGGCUUCUGUUUUAUUUCGGUUUUUGGACGAUCAACAGUGAUGCAUCUAAUAGUUUAUUAUCGCUCAUUGUAGUUUGAAUUGAGAGGGCUUUGACUUUCUUUUAAACCAACCACUAGCCUCACGUCUGUAACGAUAAGGUAUAACCGUUUGUCGUGUGAAACCUGCAAUGCAAUUAUUACUCAAUAAAAUAGCCACGUUUAGAAAGGCAUUUUAAUUUGUCAGAUGCUUUACGCGACCUUGUGUACAGUACAUGAAUGUGAGUUUUUUUAAAACACUGACAGACUGAUUUUUAUUUUCCUCCGACACAACCUCCAAGUUAUUGACUUGCAUACAUUUUAAACUACUCAGCAGCCAAAUAUAUUCUAACUAUUUAGUGGUUAGAUUGAUUGAUUCUGAGCUCUGCUACAUGGCUAAGUGCUUCAAAACUGCGUUGUUCCUAGUCCCAUAAGAUGAGAGAUGUUACCGCUCAUACUUAACCCCCUCCUCCAUAUAUUAACCAUGUCCUACCUUGACAUUUAUCUGAGCGCUAACAUUGACUGUUAAUCAUGAACUGGUAGCAUUUGUGUCCCUACAAGUUGGCUUUCGGAAAAGAUUUUAACAAAAUAAACGAUUCCUAUGUAUA